AUGACGAACAUUUUCCGGCUCAGACGACCAGGAACACUGCAUGUGGAGGACGUCGUGCUGCCGGGCUGCGCCGCUGCGCUGACGAAGCUGCUGGCCCAGCGCGACAUCGGCGUGCGCUUCGUGACCAAUACGACGACCAAGUUCCGUCGGGAGCUGAUCCAGCACCUGCACAGCAUCGGACUCGAGAACAUCAAGGCUGAGCAUGUUCUAACUUCGGGGGGCAUUGCCCGCAGCCUCCUCGAGCAGCGCAGUCUUCGCCCACUGCUGCUGGUCGACCCGUCGCUGGAGGAGGAGUUCGAUGGACUUGACCGCUCCAACCCCAACGCAGUCGUCGUCGGCCUGGCACCCGAACACUUCCACUACAGCAAGCUCAAUGAGGCGUUUCGCGUGCUGCUGGAGGGAGGUUCUCUGAUCGCACUCCACGAAGCGCGCUACUUUGCCGGCAAAGAUGGACUCAACAUUGGCCCGGGCGCGUUCGUGAAGGCCCUGGAGUUCUCGGCUGGUGUGAAGGCAACUAUCAUCGGGAAGCCAGCGCCGACCUUCAACGGCCAAGCGCUAACGGAUUUGAAUAUUGCUCCGGAGGAGGCUGCGAUGAUCGGCGACGACGUCCGUCAAGACGUGCACGGCGCCAUGGCGCUGGGCCUGCAUGGAGUGCUCGUGCAGACCGGUAAAUACAGGAGCGGGGAUGAGGGAAAAAUUGAUCCCCCGCCUUCAUACGUCGCCAAGGGCUUCCCCGACGCGGUGGAAUGGAUUCUGCAGCACAACGCGUCGAGCGAGUAA